AUGGACAGACGCCGCUUGCCCCCAUCGGAUUCCAGACACAUUGAAGAACGCCAAUCCCUCGGUCAAGAGUUGCGCAGCAGUCUGCAAAUGGACCGCGAAGCUUGGUGGUUUGAACGUGCUAGGGAGAUGGAGCUUGCUAGUCUCUGUGGUAAUACCAGAAAACUCUUCCAUCUCAUUCGAGUCACCGAAGGUGUUCGGUCUGGUAUAAGUGAAACAAUAUGCGAGGAGCAUGGCACAUUAUUCACCAAUCUUCAACGACGGUUGGAGCGAUGGGUCGAACAUUUUGGCUCGCAGUUUUGUUGGCCCCCAGCUCCAUCUGCUACCACUGACGCUCGCGCUGGUGCCGAGUGGUCUACCCCAACAGACCCUCCCUCUUCCCAGGAAAUCGAGCGGGAGCUCCGGCACAUUAAGCGUUAUAAAGCCCCCGGCCCUGAUGGUCUUCCUCCGGCUCUAUUUAAAGAUGGUGGUGCAUCGCUGGUCCGAGAACUCACCGCUUUGUUCUCGAAAAUUUGGUCGAAAGAGAAAGUUCCGUCAUCUUGGGGUGAUUCGAUAGUCGUCCCCAUCUUCAAAAUGGCCUGCGCACAAUCUGCUCCAACUGCAGAGGCAUAAGUUUAGUCCCCGUCGUUUGUAAGCUGCUGGUGUCCAUCUUACUUCGCAGGCUAUCCCCAACGCGCGAAACGUUGCAACAAGAAGAAUAAGCUGGGUUUCGCCCUGGUCGCGGCUGCAUCGAUCAAAUCUUCACACU